GGUCUGGUAAAUGAGGUGGACUUUCCAUCAGAUUAGAGGAAGCAAAGGAAUGCGGCCUCCUAUUAAAAUAUAGUAAUUUGUUAUAUUAAUUAUAAUAAUAAAGAAAAUUAAAAAUAGGUUGAAGAAUCUUGUUCAAGCAAAAUUUGCUUAGCCUUCUCUAUCAAUCUUCUGCUCGUUGUUUCUCUAUUCAUGAAAAAAAGAAGAAAAAGCUCAUUUCUUGUAGUUCCAAGAAAACCUUUGUAACUGCUGUUUCUUGUGACAUUUUAACUGGCAAGUUUGGGUACUUCCUCAGCUGAAUUCUUGAUUGAGCUAGUUCUUUGUUAGAUUUCUUGUGAUCUUUUCCUUUCGCUUUGCAUUUUUGUGCUUUAAAAAAAGAGUAAAAAGCUAAAAGAAUGGAGAUUUGGAAGUGGGCUUUUCUUGGAAUUCUAUUGUAUGCUUUCUUCUUAUCAAGUAGCAGUGCUUUCAAGCUGGGUAGCAGUCAACGUACUGAGAGGAUUUCAGGUAGUGCUGGUGAUGUUUUGGAAGACGAUCCUGUGGGAAGACUAAAAGUUUUUGUUUAUGAACUUCCAAGCAAAUACAAUAAGAAGAUUCUGCAAAAGGAUCCAAGAUGCCUCACCCACAUGUUUGCUGCUGAGAUCUUUAUGCAUCGGUUUCUGUUAUCUAGCCCUGUUCGAACCCUAAACCCUGAGGAAGCUGAUUGGUUUUAUACCCCUGUAUACACCACUUGCGACUUGACACCGAAUGGCCUCCCUUUGCCUUUUAAAUCGCCAAGAAUGAUGAGAAGUGCAAUCCAGCUUAUUUCUUCAAACUGGCCUUAUUGGAAUCGGACGGAGGGAGCUGAUCACUUUUUUGUAGUGCCCCAUGACUUUGGAGCAUGCUUCCAUUAUCAAGAAGAGAAGGCCAUUGAAAGAGGAAUUCUUCCUAUGCUUCAGCGUGCUACCUUGGUGCAAACUUUUGGACAACGGAAUCAUGUUUGUUUAAAAGAGGGCUCAAUCACAAUUCCUCCAUAUGCCCCGCCACAGAAAAUGCAAGCCCACCUGAUUCCCGAGAAAACUCCUAGAUCUAUCUUUGUCUACUUCCGAGGAUUGUUUUAUGAUGUGGGAAAUGACCCAGAAGGUGGCUACUAUGCAAGAGGUGCACGAGCAGCAGUGUGGGAGAACUUUAAGGACAAUCCGCUUUUUGACAUUUCCACAGAACACCCAACUACAUACUAUGAAGACAUGCAAAGAGCUGUGUUUUGUUUAUGUCCACUUGGUUGGGCCCCAUGGAGUCCAAGAUUAGUUGAAGCAGUGAUAUUUGGUUGCAUUCCUGUUAUUAUAGCAGACGACAUUGUUUUACCCUUUGCUGAUGCUAUCCCAUGGGAAGAAAUUGGUGUGUUCGUAGAUGAGAAAGAUGUUCCCAAUUUGGACACCAUUCUCACUUCCAUUCCACCAGAAGUAAUACUGAGGAAGCAGAGAUUGCUUGCGAACCCUUCAAUGAAGCAGGCAAUGCUAUUUCCACAACCUGCUCAAGCAGGAGAUGCCUUCCAUCAAGUUCUGAAUGGACUAGCACGGAAAUUACCACAUGACAGAAGUGUUUACUUGAAGCCAGGGGAGAAAAUCUUGAACUGGACUGCAGGUCCUGUUGGUGACCUGAAACCUUGGUAGCAGCCAUGGCAUCUCGUUACUUAAAGUAGAUUCUUAGGAUUCGUUCUCCUCGCCCCACUGAUCGACAGAGUUGUAAGAAAUGUAAAUCUCAAACUUGCCACAAUGUGUUGGAUUGUGCAUUGUUUUUUUGCAGGUUUAGGGGCGUUGCUAUGAGCUUAUUACUUUCAGUUAGUCGCCUCAUUUUAUAGUGUAUAAAAAUCAUGUACUCCAUGAAGUCCGGCAGCUUGUUUUAUUCUUAUUCUGGCGUUACCGUUUCUUCCUUCUAUAAAUUAUUUUGUGACUA